AUGCCUUUAAGAUACGGUGCCACAAGAAGUAUUGGGCAGUACGUUCUCAACUUCAUCGAAAUGGCAUAUCUGAAAGGCGAAGAAUGCGGAACGAAUUUCCGGCAUCUUGUGUCUAUUCAUGUUGGAGCACCGACCAGGAAGAAGCUUUGCUGUGCAGAUUCCUUUACAAAGUGCAUCCAGGAUUCUGCAAAGGAAACACUCCCGGUUCAAAUGCGGCCGAAGAAGCCUGCUUUUGCAUAUGCGGAGACAAGAUCCAUGUACAAUUCUGUAUGUGUCACACGCAGCAAUGGCGAUCUUAACCAGGAAAAGCGACUUUCAAGGAAGUUGCUUCGUCAACUGUAUAGGGAGUGGACAUCGAGAACGAAGAAGUUUGAAAAGGCGUGGAGCACAAGAACCGCGGAAAAGCCUAUGCUUUAUUAA